GCACGAGAUUUACUGUAAUACCAGCCCACCCCCUUACUGCAGGCCACGCUUCUUAUUACCUGUCGUGUUUGUUGAUGUUGUAGCCAGUUCAGUGGAUUAGGGUCAGGGGUUAUUACGCUCCUACAGACCACAGAAAAGGUUUUGGAAAAGACGAUGCGGGAAGAGGACUCCUCCCCAAUGGACAGCGCGGGGAACAGCGAGGAGGAGACAGACCGUCAGCUGCCGCGGAGAGGUGCGAGAAAGCGGCGGGCGACAAGGAGGCGCAUGGAUGAGGAGGAGGAGGAAGGUGACAUGGAGAGUCCGAGCCCCGGGAAGAAGAAAUGCAGAAAGAGCUGCGACGGAGGAGGCGGCAGCGCAGGGAGCUGCGACAGCGAAGGAAGCAGCAGCCCCGCGCGCUCCUUCGAUGACCUGCAGACACAGCGCGUGAUGGCCAACAUCAGAGAGCGGCAACGGACGCAGUCCCUCAAUGAGGCAUUCACGUCGUUACGUAAGAUCAUUCCCACCCUCCCGUCGGACAAACUGAGCAAGAUCCAGACGCUGAAGCUGGCGGCCCGGUACAUCGACUUUCUGUGCCAAGUUCUGCAGAGCGACGAGCUCGACGCGCGAGGGACCAGCUGCAGCUACGUGGCGCACGAGCGCCUCAGCUACGCGUUCUCGGUCUGGAGGAUGGGGGGCUCGUGGUCACUGUCUACUACAUCCCACUAGCAGGGCUGCUGUGGAUGGUACAGCGCGAUUAUCCAAACUGAAGAACCAGUGGAUCAGGCCGACCUGUCACAGAGACUGAAACAGGCCAAACACAGCUGAGGGUCCAGCCGCAGUGCUUCAGGCCUCAGAGGAGAGCGGGCUUUUCAUUUUUCCCGUUGCAAGGACUGCGAUGUUUGCAAGGGAGCACUUAGGACAGACAUGACGGAUGCGAAGACAGAAAGACCACUGCGACUAUGAAUGUUGUAAAAACAAAAUGAGCUCUGAGGAACUGCUCUGUUUUGAAACACCAGAGAGAGAAAUGACAAUUUAUUCCACAUUCCCUGUGACAAUGUUUCACAGCAAAUGAAGUAUUUUGUAUUUAUUUUUUCUACACAGGCUCAAAAUUCCUUUUCCCCCCACUCAAAUAAAAGCUAUUUAUUUUUGGGAUAUCACAGAAUGCUGAAUGGAUUUGGAGUCUGCGCAUUUUGAGUGUUGUAAAUAUUUGGUAAUAUCUUGAAUAAAGAACAUGAAAGUAUCAUUUUUACCUCUCAGUUGUCUGGAUAUUCAUUAUAGACUUCAAGCUAAGCUCAAUAACAAGAGGCUGAAUAAUAAAUAAUAA